CCACUCCAGCCAGCAGAUGGCGACGAGCGUCUUUCAGGUGAUGCUUCUAGCGUGACGUAUAAUGGACUGGACGGACGCUUCUUCAGGAACAACAACACGGAUACUAUUUCAACCAGGUCGGUAGCUUGCUCGCCAACAUAAAACUGAAAGAUUGACGUUUUCGGCCAUGUAAAUGUACAUUAGCUAAUCCCAGUGUUUAAAACACAUUUCAGUUGACGUUAACUUGAAUCUAAUGUGCUUGUUCAAUUUGCAAAUUUGUUAAAGAUUGAUACUGAGCCGAGCACUAGGCUAUUCGCUAAUGCUAACUAGCUAGCUAACAUCCCUGACCAUGAGCUCAUUAAACUACUCAUCCCCUGCUAAAGAAGUGGAUGUCUGCUGUCCGGAGAAAGAAGCUCUGGCGCUGAACAUUGUCGUGAAAGACGAAGAGGAGGAUAUUACAGUGAAAGGAGAGAAAGAAGCUCUGGCGCUGAACAUUGUCGUGAAAGACGAAGAGGAGAAUAUUACAGUGAAAGGAGAGAAACAACCUUUCAGAAUGGAAGAGGAGGCUGUUAUAGGGAAAGAAGAGAAAGCAUACUCUUCCUCUCUAAAAGGUUCUAUCUCAGUAAAGGUGAAGGAGGAAGACGUUUUGGGAGUGAAAGAGGAGGAGACAGAAUAUCAGAUUAACACCAGAGAGAGACAUGACUAUCGUGGAUCCUCUGGGGAGCCUCAACAACAUCCUGAUGCUGACGAGACAGAGAAGAGUCUCUCCAGAUCAGAACACCAGAUGGACAACGCUAGCCCUUCCGCCCUCCCGGAGUCCCUGUGUCGUGCCUCUCCCGGUAGCACGUUACUGCUGGGUAUGAAGAGGUUGUCUGUGCUGCUGGUGGACUGCAGGAAAACAACAGGGCUGAGUGGAACUGUGAGAGGAGGAGAAGAGAAGAAAGGAUCAGAUUUGACACAUCAGAGAGGAAAACCAAACUUGGAGGAACCAAAGACCACCACAACAUCAAGACGACACCUCUGUUCCCAGAUCAAGUUAGGAAGCCUGAAAAGACCUGAGAGGACACACACAGGAGAGAAGCUGUACCAUUGCACCCAGUGUGGAAAUAGUUUUAGCCGGUUAGGAAGCCUCAAAGCUCAUGAGCGAAUACACACGGGAGAGAAGCCAUACCAUUGCGGCCAGUGUGGAAAGAGUUUUAGCCUGUUAGGAAGCCUGAAAGCUCAUGAGCGAAUACACUCAGGAGAGAAGCCGUACCAUUGUGGCCAGUGUGGAAAUAGUUUUAACCAGUUAGGAAACAUGAAAAGACAUGGGAGAAUACACACAGGGGAGAAGCCAUACCACUGCUCCCAGUGUGGAAAGAGUUUUACAGCGUUAGUUAAGCUGGAAGCUCAUGAGCGAAUUCACACAGGGGAGAAGCCUUACUACUGUUCCCAUUGUGGAAAGAGUUUUAACCAUUUAGUUAACAUGAAAAGACAUGAGAGGAUACACACAGGAGCGAAGCCUCACCAUUGCUCCCAGUGUGGAAAGAGUUUUAAGCGGUUAGACACCCUCAAAGAUCAUUUGCGAAUACACACAGGGGAGAAGCCUUUCCGUUGCGCCCAGUGUGGAAAGAGUUUUAGCCGGUCAGGAAGCCUGAAAGAGCACGAGCGAAUUCACACAGGUGAGAAAUCUUACCACUGAUCCCAGCGUGCAAUGUGUUUUUACCCAAUUAGGACACCUGAAAGAAGACAUGAGACCGCACACGGGGGAGAAGCCUUACAAAUGUUCAGACUGGGGGGAAGGCUUUUUACUCAUCAGUAGCGUAAAAAACAUGUGUGAAUCCACACAGGAGAGAAUAAUGACUUCUCCUACUGGGCUAAGCUGAUAUGACGGCUUGGUGGACAAAGGGAAGAGGAUGAAUCCUGAAGAGGAUUUUUUUUUAGGAGGGGCUUUUAUUCUAAACAAUAGGAUAGGCGGUUCCAUGACGCCAGAUCUUGUCUGUGCCCUCGGGGACCAAUGACUUAGUUACACUUUUAAAGGAAUACAAUUCUCUCACAUUGAAGGUUUAACAUCACAUUACAUCAUUUCAUAUAUAGUUGCAUCUUUACUCAUUCAUUUUAUACAAGAAUUAGAUGCAAACCCCAUAAUUGAGAAAUGUACACAUUGAGACAUAGUUAUGUGUUUCCAGUCCUCUCUAAGGUCACCAAAUGAAACACACUCAACAUAACUGUCCCUUAAGUGUCCACAGACCCUUCCCACACUCUCAAAGGUGGACAUAUAGUUUAAUUUUGCCAUUUUGGGGAUUUAGGAGUUCGGCCAUGUGAAUUCCUUUGUUCACUCUGUGGUCUCUCUCUGUAUGAAAAGGGGGCGGGAGUCUCCGCCAGGUAGUUACGACCUGAGAUAACAGAACCUGGUUGUAGGAGAGGGGGAAGCCACAAUCUAUACCCAGAAAAGGCCACAUCGUGACAAUAUGGAGCAUGUCAGUUUGAAUAUAAUGUAAAUCAGUUUUCUUGUGUUCAAAUGUAGGAUAGAUCAGAUUCCAUGUGUUUAAAUGGUCAUUUUUUCAACUCUGACUGUGUGUUUAUCUGGGUGUGUCAUUCCUCCAGCACUACAGAUAAUCAAGUGAUAUUUGGAUGUGAUGCAUUAGUUCCAUUGUUGACAUUUGCAUUGUUGGCCCACUGAUGAUUUAAUGAAAUGAAAAUGUUCAGACUCUGUAAUGGAAAAUGUUAGUUGUUUGUGUGUCCACAACUGAGUAUGUGACUAACCUUGUGAAACUGUCCUAUUAUAAGCUCCUGUUCUUGGGAGUAUCAUCCUGUGUUGCAAAUCAAUUUACACCUGUGUCCUUGUAUGAAUAAAGUCCCUCCCAGGAACAGGAAACUAUAAAGAUAUGUGCUCAUCACUCAAUGCUUCAGGAAUUCAGACUGUCUACACUGCGCUGUGUAACUCUGUUAUUCUCUCUGAGCUCAGAAAUAAAGAAUCUUGGUUUGA